AUGUUGUGGCUUAAAAAACAUAACCCCCAAAUUUCAUGGGAAAAACAUACACUAGUUUUCAAUUUGUCAUAUUGUUCAAACAAUUGUCUAUCUACUCCUGCUGUAUUGGAACUCAAAGCAGUAGAAGAAAUUCCGUUACCCUACCAAGAAUUUCACAAAGUCUUCUCCAAGGAAGAAUUGUCUAAAUUGCCGCCUCAUUGCCCUUAUGAUAUUGCUAUUGAAUUGCUCCCUGACGCAAAACCCUGGCAUGGCCCCAUAUAUAGUUUAGGCCCAAGGGAAGAUGCAGAACUGAAGGAAACCAUAGAAAAACAACUUAAGGCCGGCCUGAUUUGUCCCUCCAAAUCUCCUAUGGCUUCUCCAAUUCUAUUUGUCAAAAAGAAGAAUGGAAAACUAUGCAUGUGUGUGGAUUAUCAACGCCUGAACAGCAUGACCAAAAAAAACGUAUAUCCCUUACCUUUGCCACAGAACCUUAUUGAGAAGUUACAAGGCGCCAAGAUCUUUAGUAAAUUUGAUCUCAAGGCAGGAUAUACUUUAGUCCAGAUCAAAGAAGGUGACAAAUGGAAAACAGCCUUCAAGACAAAAUACAGACUAUUUGAGUAUUUGGUUAUGCCCUUUGGGUUAACAAACGCGCCGGCGGCUUUUCAAGAUAUGAUGAACGAGAUAUUCAGGGAUCUUCUGGAUGUUUAUGUCAUUAUAUACCUGGACAAUAUCCUAGUCUUCUCCCUGAAUGAAAAAGAUCACAAAGCCCAUGUGCAAGAAAUACUCAAGAGAUUACAGGACAAUGAUCUUUUCUGCAACAUCAAAAAAUGCCAUUUCCACGUCAAAAGAAUUGAUUACCUAGGGUUCAUCAUAUUGGAGUUUGGCAUAGAAGUUGAUCAGUCUAAAGUCACAGAUGCAAUGAAUUGGUCAACACCAAAGAAUGUCAAAAAUAUCCAGGAAUUCUUAGGAUUUAAAGAUAGUGUUUGGAGAUGGGACUUAGCAGAACAACAGUCUUUUGACGGUCUAAAAAAAUGUCUUACAACAGCACCAUUGCUUCUACAACCGGAUACAACAAAACAAUUCUAUGUGGAAUGCAACGCAUCAGAUUAUGCAACAGGAGCCAUAUUAUCCCAACGCAAUUCUGAGGGAAAAUUGGCCCCGGUGGCAUACCUAUCCAAAUUGUUAUCCCCAGCUGAGAAAAACUAUGAUAUCUUUGACAAAGAAUUGCUAGCGGUUAUUAGGGCAUUUAAGGAAUGGUGUCAUCUGCUGGAAGGAUCCGAAUCACCAGUCCAAGUUCUAACGGAUCAUAAGAACUUGGAAUACUUUUCCACAUCACAAUCCUUGAACAAACGGCAAAUUAGAUGGGCAAACUUCCUAGUAGACUACAAUUUCCAGAUCAUUUAUAGGCCUGGAGCACAGAAUAAAAAAGCCAACAUCCUCUUGCGUCGCUACAAUUUAGUACCCCUUGAAGGAGGGGUAGAGAACCAAGUUCUCCUGAAACCGGAACUUUUCAUUGCAUCAAUCACUCCAGAUCAGGAAAUCAAUGAUUUAAUUGGCAAAGCCAUUUAUGAGGAUGACCGUCUAAAAGAAAUUCUGCACAAACUCCAGAACAAGGAAAAGGUCUUGGAGUGGGAAUUGAAAGAAGGAUUACUAUGGUAUCAAGGAAAAAUCUUUGUACCUAAAGACAAUACCAUUAGGAACCUUAUCUUAGAAUCUAGGCAUGACGCUUUAGCGGCAGGACACCCAGGACAAGCCAGAACAUUAGAACUUAUUUCCAGGAGUUACUACUGGCCAUUGCUGAAAAAGUUUGUCAAUUCUUAUGUCAGCCACUGCAAAACCUGCAUCAGGUCCAAGCCAACAAAUCAAUUACCUGUAGGCCUAUUAAAACCAUUGCAAAUUCCUGAGCGCCCCUGGGAAGACAUUGCUUAUGAUAUGAUUGUGGGACUACCAGUUUCUGAAGGCUUUGAUGCUAUCCUGACGAAGGAAGCCAAAAUCUUUAUACGUAUGUUUGGGAAUCAUUGCCAAUCAGAUUGGGUAUCCCUACUUCCUUUAGCCAAAUUUGCACUCAACAACCUCAAGCAAUCUUCCACGCGUAAAUCUCUGUUUCAAAUAUGUUAUGGAUUGAACCCACAAUUUUCUGUGGGACAAAAAACAGAUGAAUUGGUACCCAAUGCAGAUGAACAUGCAGAAUUCCUAGAAAAAGGCUAUGACAAAGUUAAAGCAACACUGUCCUUGUCACAGGAAAGGAUGAAAUACUUCUAUAAUCAACGUCACAGGGAAGAAGAGGAAAUCCAAGUGGGGAACAAAGUCUGGUUAAGCCAUCAGAACAUAUCCACUGAUAGGCCGUCCAUCAAACUUAGCCAUAAAAAGCUAGGACCCUACCUGGUGAUUGAGAAAAUUGGAACGCACGCAUACAAGCUACAACUACCUCACACAAUGCGCAUACAUCCAGUUUUUCAUAUCAACCUCCUAACCAAGUUUCAUCCCAAUCCCCAUGGCCAUGAUCCUCCUCAACCUGCACCCAUUAUCACAGAAGAAGGUGAAGAGGAAUAUGAAGUAGAAAGAAUCAUAGACAGCAAAUGGAAGGGACGGGGUAAAUCAAGAAAACUCUGGUAUUUGGUUAAGUGGAGGGGAUACAAUGAAGGAAGUAACUUGUGGGAACCCAUAGACAACGUGGACAAUGCCCAAGAAGCCAUCAAAGAAUUCCAUGAUGAACAUCCUGAUGCAUCCAUUGGUGAUAGGGCCACGGACUUUAAACCUACUUGUAUCAUAGGUCCGAGCUUAGUUGUGACAACAAACAUAACAGGGGAACUGAUUGAGCUUAGGGCCAUAUGCAAGGAGACUGUGGACCUCCUUGGGGACAAAGAUCAAGGAGGAACCCAAAUCCAAGCACAGCCUGGCCCAUUGACUGGGCCUACCACCCCUCCUACUCACACAGGAGGAGAAGCCAACACUCCAGGCACGGUUAGGCCUGGGCUCAAGGCCCCAUUUAGGCCAUCCAGAGGAACAGGGUUUGAUUCCAAGGACAAGGAGGAGCCAAGACAUCCCAAAAAGGAGCCUCAAGGAACGCCUCGGAGGCACCUUGGGUCCCUCACCCCCUUUGACGCAGGGUCCAGCGUGAAGCGGCCCAAGAUGGACCUCCCAGACCCCUACAAGGGAGACACCAGGGGGCAAAAGGCCACUCAGUGGCUGGACUGA